AUGGAGGAGAGCAUGGCAGACUCCAGGAACUUCAUUGACAACCCAGCAGACAUCGUUGUCAUCGCUGGUUACUUCGUUUUGGUCAUCGGGGUCGGUCUGUGGUCCAUGUGCCGGACAAACCGGGGGACCAUAGGAGGAUACUUCUUGGCUGGAAGGAGUAUGAUAUGGUGGCCGGUUGGAGCCUCUCUCUUUGCCAGCAACAUCGGGAGUGGACAUUUUGUGGGCCUGGCUGGGACGGGGGCAGCAAGUGGACUAGCAGUGGCAGGAUUUGAGUGGAAUGCCCUGUUUGUGGUGCUGCUCUUGGGCUGGCUAUUUGCCCCAGUGUACCUGACGGCAGGAGUUAUCACCAUGCCCCAGUACCUGAGAAAGCGUUUUGGCGGUCAUCGAAUCCGUCUCUAUCUUACAGUGCUCUCGCUCUUUCUCUACAUCUUCACCAAAAUCUCUGUGGACAUGUUCUCUGGGGCUGUGUUCAUUCAACAAGCUCUGGGCUGGAAUAUCUAUGCCUCUGUUAUUGCCCUCCUAGGCAUCACCAUGAUCUAUACAGUGACAGGGGGACUGGCUGCACUGAUGUACACAGAUACCGUCCAGACUUUUGUCAUUCUUGGGGGAGCAUUCAUUCUCAUGGGCUAUGCCUUCAAUGAGGUGGGCGGUUAUACAGGUCUCUUUAACAAGUACUUGGAAGCCAAGACCACACAAACCUUUUCUGAGGACCCCAUGGUGGGCAACAUUUCACCCUCCUGCUACGAGCCUCGAGCUGACUCCUAUCAUCUUCUCCGGGACCCAGUGUCUGGAGAUUUACCUUGGCCAGCUCUGCUGGUGGGGCUCACCAUUGUCUCCGGCUGGUAUUGGUGCAGUGACCAGGUUAUUGUACAGAGGUGCCUGGCAGGGAAGAACCUGACUCACAUUAAAGCUGGCUGUAUCCUCUGUGGCUACCUGAAACUGUUGCCCAUGUUCCUGAUGGUCAUGCCAGGAAUGAUUAGCCGAAUUCUCUACCCAGAUAAAGUGGCAUGUGUGGUUCCAGAAGUGUGUAAGCAGAUCUGUGGUACAGAGGUUGGCUGUUCCAACAUUGCCUACCCACUGCUGGUAGUAAAACUUAUGCCCAAUGGGCUUCGUGGACUAAUGCUGGCUGUCAUGCUGGCUGCUCUCAUGAGCUCCUUGGCCUCCAUCUUCAACAGCAGUAGCACCCUCUUCACUAUGGACAUUUACACAAGGCUCCGACCCCGAGCAGGAGACAGAGAGCUGCUACUGGUGGGCAGGCUCUGGGUGCUAUUUAUUGUUGCAGUCUCAAUUGCCUGGCUCCCUGUGGUCCAGGCUGCACAAGGCGGUCAGCUCUUUGACUACAUCCAAGCCAUCUCCAGCUACCUGGCUCCACCAGUUUCAGCAGUCUUCAUCCUUGCUCUCUUUGUGCCCAGGGUCAACGAACCAGGUGCUUUCUGGGGGCUAGUUGGGGGCCUGCUGAUGGGGUUGGCCCGCCUCAUCCCAGAGUUCUACUUUGGCACUGGCAGCUGCGUCCGGCCCUCCUCCUGCCCCAGUCUCUUCUGUGGCGUUCAUUACCUAUAUUUUGCCAUCUUGCUUUUCAUCUGUUCCUGUAUCAUAAUUCUCACCAUAUCCUUCUGCACAACACCCAUACCCCAAAAACAUCUCCACCGCCUUGUAUUCAGCCUCCGUCACAGUAAGGAAGAGCGGGAGGACCUGGACGUGGAUGAGCGGCAGGCAGGGCCCCCUGACUUCCCUGUGCAGAAUGGCCAGCUGGAGCACACAGUAGAAAUGGAAGGUUGGCUAUUAGGGGCAGGGCACAUGUCUUCUUUUUCUUCAGAACCCUCACCAGCAGCCCCAAGCCUACUCCGCCGGUGUCUGCUCUGGUUCUGUGGGAUGACAGGAAGUGGUUCAAGCAGCUCUACACCUCCCUCAGAAGAGGCAACAAGAGCCCAGGAACUGGAGGACAUUACUGAGGACCCACGCUGGGCCCGAAUUGUCAACUUCAAUGCAGUGCUUAUGAUGACAGUGGCAGUCUUUCUCUGGGGAUUUUUUGCCUGACACUUUGGUAGCAGAGCAUGGUUAGGGAACAGGGAAGUUGAGUGACUUCAACACUGACACUGCUAAACUCUAGGACUAACAUUUUGGGAGGAAAAAUGGAUCCCAACAUGCAGACUCUGGCUCAUUUCUAUCUAUGUCGGCUUCAUCACUCGUCAACUAUAUACCAUCAUUAUACUUAAUGAAUAUAUCCAUCAUUUAUAUUAUUGUGUCAGCUUAAAAUGUGGCUACUCUGGGGUUGACUAAAAAUAAAACUCAUCACAGA